CUCAUGAACAACUCCCAUGCUGUGUGUGAAAGAGAUUGUUUUGCUUUCUAGCUAGCUAGAGCCGCACAAAAAUAAAGUUUCGUCGUUAAAAGAGAAAUAGAGAGUAUAAAGGGGGGAAAGAGAGAGGAAUAUCGCUUACUUUUUUCUCAUUUUUCACAAAGUAGGACUAAUAUUCAAAGACUUUUUUGGUAUUUUUUAUAAAUCUCGGGGUGGUGAAAAAAUGAGUAUAUGGGAAAAGUGGUGGUGGUGGGGGCGGUGGUGCUGAUUCAAAGGGGGAUGAGAUAGAAAGAGAGUAGAGAGAGUGGGAACAUUCUGAGUCUUGUUGGCUUUUUGUGUUUGGUGUAGCUGCGGUGGCUGUCAAAGAUGAGGAACAGCUCAUCUUUUUGAUAGCUGCCUUUUUCGGGUUUUGUUGGGUGAUUUCAGUGGUCUGUGGGGUUGGUUCUCUACCUCUGCGGAUAUAGUGCUUAUGCAGUGAAUGUUUUGUGUCUCUUGUCGUUGUUCCACUGAUAUUUGAUUCUUCCUACUAUGCAAAGUGAGCUGAGAAGUACAUUGGGACAUUUAAUAGGUUGGUUUUGGAGACCCCUCUUACGGCUAGGUGUGUUCUGGGUUCAAGACAGGGAAGAGGUGAAAGAGGAUUUGUAAAGGAAUGUGAAUUCUGGGUUUUGGGCUUCCGAGACUUUGUGGACCAUGAAUGUUCUUGGUGAUCUGUGAUCCAUUGGAUAAACAAAAGAAAAGAAAAAGAGAAAGCGAAUAUCUAGAAUGAGAGCGAUAAACAAUUAAGGGUAGGGUGGUGGUGUCAGUUUUCAGCAAGUGGGGGUGUCUCUGGCUUUGGAAUUUAUAUAUCUUUGGGAAGGAAUCUGUUGGCAAUGUCUCCUAAGCUGACCCUCUUUGCCCGGGGUCCUUGGGCUGUGUUACCAAUCUAGGAAGCAACCACUUCUUUGGGUCUCUUCCCAUUCAAGUGAAGGCUUUGUAAAAAUCACAUAACUCCACUCACACACACACACACACACACACACACACACACUCUUCCUCUCUCUCUCUCUCUCUCUCUCUCUCUCUCUCUCUCUCUCCCCGACCUUGCUUUGUGGAAAAAAUCAGGCCAUACUAGGAAAUACCAAAACUUUCGUGAUCCAUCCAUCCUUAUUACUUUGAACAUCAAAAAGUUGAUCUCUUUCAGGUGCUCAACCCUGCUUCUGCGAUUCUCUUCCUAUUCUUUGAGGAAGAUUGGAUUUGAUUGGUGGUGGUGCUUCUGCUUUGGCCAUUCUCUUCCUAUAUAAUCUUGUCGUCGCCAAAAAUGAAGUUUAUGAAACUUGGAUCUAAGCCUGAUUCUUUUCAGACUGAUGGGGACAAUAUUAGGUAUGUGGCGACUGAGUUGGCAACUGACAUAGCCAUUAACAUCAGCGAUGUGAAAUUCUAUCUGCAUAAGUUUCCUCUUUUGUCCAAGAGUGCACGCUUGCAGAAACUAGUUGCAACUGCAAAUGAGGACAACAGCUAUGAAAUCCACAUCCAGGAUAUUCCUGGUGGGCCUGCUGCUUUUGAGAUAUGUGCCAAAUUUUGUUAUGGCAUGACAGUUACUCUCAAUGCGUAUAAUGUGGUUGCAGCUCGAUGCGCAGCCGAGUACCUCGAGAUGUUUGAAUCUAUUGAGAAAGGCAACCUUAUCUACAAGAUUGAUGUCUUCCUCAAUUCUAGCAUCUUCCGGAGUUGGAAAGACUCAAUUAUUGUUCUUCAAACCACAAAGUCUCUCCUUCCGUGGUCUGAGGAGCUUAAGGUGGUCAGCCACUGCCUUGAUUCCAUAGCUUCCAAGGCUUCCAUUGACACUGCCAAGGUGGAAUGGUCAUACACCUAUAACAGAAAAAAGCUCCCAUAUGAGAAUGGGAAUGAUCCAGUUUGGAAUGGUGUUAGAAAACAGCAGAUGGUUCCAAAGGACUGGUGGGUAGAAGACCUCUGUGAGCUUCAACUUGAUUCAUAUAAGCGGGUCAUAACAACAAUAAAGACAAAAGGCAAAGUUUCUGGUGAUGUUAUUGGAGAAGCUUUAAAUGCAUAUGCCCUGAGGAGGUUGCCUGGGCUUGGCAAGGGUAUGGUUCAGGGUGGGGAUGUCGUAAAGAAUAGAUCAUUGGUGGAGACCAUAGUGCAGCUACUUCCCUCAGAGAAGGGCAUUCUCCCGUGCAGUUUCUUAUUUAAGCUAUUGAGAGCAGCGAUAACGUUAGAAUGUGGAGAAAUGGAAAGACGGGAACUGAUCAGGAGAACUGGCCAGCAGCUUGAGGAGGCUACAGUGGCAGAUCUUUUGAUUCGAGCCCCAGCUGGGGAAACAACGAUGUAUGAUGUUGAUAUAGUGCAGAACUUGGUUGAGGAAUUUGUAAUGCAUGAGCAGAAUGCUCGGACUGAUUCUCACAUGGAAAAUGAAUUCCAGGAGAUUAGAAGCCCAAGGCUUGUGCCAGAUGCUUCCAAGGGGAUAGUAGCAAAGCUGGUUGAUGGUUACCUUGCUGAAAUUGCAAAAGAUCCCAGUUUAUUUGUGUCAAAAUUUGUCAAUCUUGCUGAAAUGGUAUCAAGCUUCUCAAGACCAUCUCAUGAUGGACUCUACCGUGCUAUUGACAUGUAUCUGAAGGAACACCCUGACAUCAGUAAGAGCGAGAGGAAAAGAAUAUGCAGGUUGAUGGACUGCCGGAAGUUGUCGGCAGAAGCCUGCUUGCAUGCGGUGCAAAAUGAGCGGCUUCCCUUGCGAAUUGUCGUGCAGGUCCUCUUCUUUGAGCAGCUUAGAGCAACAACAUCUACUGGCAACAGCACACCUGAGCUGCCUGGUCCAAUCAGGGCCUUACUCCCCGGUGGCUCUCAUGGGAGCUCAAGGUCUACUACAACCAACACAGAAGAGGACUGGGAUGCCGUGCCAACAGCGGAGGAUAUAAACGCUUUGAAAGGGGAGCUUACUACUCUGAGAUUAGGGGGUGGUGGCAGUAACAGAGAUUUAAAUGAUGGUGCUAAAAAUAAUGCAGAGAAAGUUGGUGCCAAUAAGAUGAAAGGUUUGCUCAUGUCAAAGCUCUUUUCAAAGCUCUGGUCAGGCAAAGAAAGAAGUGGUGAAAUUAGCAGCUCUGAUACAUCAGAAAGCCCUGCUUCCACCAAUGCAGAUGAAACGAAAUCAACCCCUUCCAGAAGUAGGAGGCAUUCAGUAUCUUAGUGGCAGCCAUUCUUUGCGGUUUGUAAAAAUUGUCCCACUCAGUUGACAUCAGGAAAUUAGAGCCCAGUUUUGUCUUCCAGCUGAUUUUCUAGUGGGAAUUUUAGGCAAAAGGUGGCAUGUAGCUACAGAAAAGAAAAGAAGUCCCUGGAAAUUCAUUUCUGUGUUUCUAUCAGAUUUCCAAUUAGUUAUUGUUGGUCAUCUACUUUCGAUAUGGGGCUCGCCCAGUUUUGCUGUACCAUAACCAAAAGAGGAAUGACAAAUUUAUGGUCAUCCAUUUUGGCUGCUU